AUGGAGAUGAACGGAAACUCACCGCCCAUCAUGAAUACCACCACAUUUGGCAGUGGACCUCAGAGAGGCGACACGAGGAUUGUGGUUAUCGUCUACGGACCCGGACAAGACAAGAUCGUGUCCGUAUUCGCUGAGAUCUUGGGAAAGCCUUCAAGAUUCAUCGAGGCUUUCAAGGACGUCAACGAGGUGGAUCAAGGACUCGUUGUUGGAAUACCAGCAGAUAAGGCGAAGGCAGACGUUGCAGACCGUGACCGAGCGCUUGUUGUGGCUAUCAACGCGCACUGGGUGAACCUGGGCAUGCCACCGGACGUCCUUCUGUCUGCGCAGUGCGACUACGAAUUUCUCUACACCGAAACCCCAUUCUUUCGGCGCGACCUGUCAAGGUUCAUCUCCUUCACCUUGGGCCAGCUCAACCACCACGAGACACUCAUGGCGAAGUCAAGGACAUACUUUAUAUCAACCACCUUCCCCGAUGUACGGGCAGCUCUUCCAAAUCUGGACAUUCUGACUGUUGGCGCCGACGCUGUUGAGAUCCGAGUCGAUCUGUUGAAGGAACCGCUAGGAGACGGCACGUUCUCGGACAUACCCAGCCUGAGCUACGUUGGUCAACAGGUUAUGCUCUUGCGACAGAGCACCGAGCUGCCCAUAAUAUUCACGACAAGAUGCACAAAAGAAAAUGGACGGUUCCCCAUGGAUGACCCCAACAUCUACUACGAAUAUCUCUACAGGGCCAUUCAGUGGGGCGUAGAGUAUAUCGACGUCGAACUCUGGCUGCCAGAACCCAUCAGGAAAUCGCUCUGGGAGCGACGAGGGAGCAGUCGAAUCAUGUCUGCGUUCCACGACUUCUCUGGGACCUUCAAGUGGCCUUCGAGCCACGCCGAGCAAGUGUUUGUGGAAUCCCGAAAAUACGCCGACAUCAUCAAGAUGAUCGCGAUCAUCAACGAUCACAACGAGAACUUUGAGCUUGAGUAUUUCCGAUCAAAGAUGAAGGCCGACUACCCAGACUCGCCACCCUUCUCGGGCGUCAACAUGGGUGAGACUGGCCAAUUCUCAAGAACAUUGAAUAAAGUCUUCACACCCAUCACGCAUCCGCUACUGCCCAUCAUAGCCGCACCUGGCCAGAUGAGCGCGGCCGAGAUCAACGCAGCCCUGUCUCUUCUCGGCCAGCUUCCCAAGAAGAAUCUCUACGGCAUCACCAGCCCAGCCAGCCGCAGCGCGACGCCACAGGCCCCAUUCUACGAGAAGUGCUUCAAUGAGCUUGGCUUACCGCACCAUUUCGCGGUGGUGGAGAGACAACCCAAGGGGAACAGCGGCCUGGACGUGUGGUGCAACCAAAAGAACUUUGGCGGCGCCUACCUCCAACCGCCAGUCUCCUUCCAAAGUCUGGUCGGGAGUAGCCCCUUCUUCGCCUCCAUCAACGGCGGCGCCGGCCCCAUCCUCAGCGAAGCGGCCCGAGUCAUCGGCAUGGUUGACACAAUCGUUGUGCGGCCGGGGGCUUCAUCACCAUCGCCGUCUUCGGCUCCAGCGUCAAUACCCUCGAGCCCGCGGAACGGGCACGCGAGGAUGGACUCUCUUGGGCACCUAGGCGACUCGGGCCUGUCACCAAACACGACGCUGAUAUUCGACAAUGCACUGUGGCGCGGCGUCCUCAGCACGCUGACGCGCGACCUCGCACCGUCAGCCUACUUCGGGAGGGCGGCCGUCGUGCUCGCUGCCUCGUCCGACGACGCCGCAAGCGUCAUCUUCGCCCUGAAGGCCCUGCACAUCGGCAAGAUCUACACCGUGGGCUUCAAGACGCCGCCCGCGCUGGCCUACGGCCUGACCAUCGAGCCGUUCAACUCGCUCGAGUCCCUCCAGCGGGCCCGCAUGGUGGGUGCCACCGACGACGCCGCGUCGCCCUUCGUGGUCGUCAGCGCCCUCGGCCCAGAGAAGGCCAACAUCGUGGGCAUGCUGAUCCGGGUCUUUGGCGGAGCCAAGGGCCCAGGGACAGGGAGCCCGCGGAAGGUGUUCCUUGACCUUGCCGACGGCGGCGUCGGCGUGCCUCGCAAGGCUGACCCGGGAAUCGUCGCUGAGCAGAGCGGCUUCACGGCCUACGGUGUCGCUGACACGGCCGCGUUCGCGACGGUCGAGACGCUGAGGCUGCUGGUGGGCCAGAACGUCCCGUACAGCUUCCGCUCCGCGGGCUUCCUCGCUGUUAUCGGGCUGCUUCAAGAGUCCGUCCUCGGCCUCGUUCCUUCGCCUGAUGGAACUCUGGUGAAGUCAGUUUGCAGAAUGGAUAUGCAGGACUCUACGGGCGAAGGAGAUCCGGGGUGGGGUGGUGCACAGCAGUGGAAACGGGAGGGCAUCUCCAUCAGGAUGCUUAGAGCAAGAGUCAGCAGUGGAGUCAGAGGCCCCAUGGGCAACCGACCGGCUCCGAACGACGCUCGGCACACGGAGGUCGGCGAUCACGUUCUGCUGGGUCUCGCUUCACCAGACGGGCAGCGGGGCCUGGGAGGGGACGCCCGGAGGCUGCUGGACAAGGGCGGAACUGUUAGAUCCAGGCUCUUGGUAGGCGACACGGCAGAGAGGGCAGUAUCAGCCUCAGUCAGGCACCAGUUCCACUUGGCUUGUGGCUUGACCCGGAGACAUGCGGUGGGCAAGAUCAGACGAGACCAGGUGCAAUUCCGCGCUUGCACAGACAAUCCCGACAAAAUUCGCGAGAAGCACGAUCAUGUACGGCCUGCAGAAGCGAGGAAGCCGAUCGCAUCCCCAGCCCCACCAUCUGAGACAGCCUCACCGUGCCACCGUCAUACCGUGCAGACGAUCGCGCCCCGACGCCGUGGCCCAGGGACGCAGGUUGUUAGGCGCGCCAUGCAGCCUGCAUCGGUGACGAUGACGACCAAUCUAGGGCGCCACCGUGAUACUGCAGCAGCCUUCAAGUCCCUUCACGAGGCGCCGGGCAGAUAUUAA